AUGAUACGAUUUGAUGCCUUGAACACAUACAAUAAGUCUAACAAUGUAGUCCUUAGUUAUAUUCCCUUGUCUGUAGUCUCACCUAAACUGCCUCUGACAAAAUUAAGGUUACUAGCAAAGGUUCAUAAAAUCAAGAUUAAUACCCGGACACCAAAAUUUGACAUCGAAACUGCUCUAUCAACACACCAAUGUGACAACUGUUAUCCCACAGUAACUGUAUUCCUCCCAGUAACACCACCAAAACAUAGGUCUGGAGGUAAACAACAGGCUCACCAUGAUAACACAAAAUAUUCUUUUGACACUAACACAGAAGAUGUAAAGUUUCCCCCUAAACCUCCUUCAGAACAGUUAAUACAGAAAGUCAUACAUGAAUUCAGUUCUUCUCAGAAUCCGGCUCUCAUUGAGGAAUCUGGAUGUGCAGUGUGUGGAACUCUA